AUGAACGACGACGCGAAGGGAGGUAAUCAGAGGAGAAGAGCUCGUCAGAUCGACGGGGAAGACGAUCGGACAACGAAUCGUCGCCGUCAAGCAAACGAACCUCGAAUCGACGCCGCACAGGAUGACGACGACGCACCCCUUCCUCUUUCUCUAAGCUUAGGCCCAGCAUCAUAUUAUUCCUCUCAGAUCUCGCCGACGACGACGCCACCGCUUCAUGUAGCACCACCACCGUCUUUUGCUCGGCCUAUGACAACGUGGCCGUCAACUGAUUUCACGGCGCGGUUCGCUUCGCAGCCUCAUCGGUAUUUCAUGACGUCGCCGCCGUUAAUGGCUCCGUCUUUCUACCAGACUGGAUCUCGAGGAUCGUCACAGAUGCAGCCACCGUUUAAUCCGUCGAUUGAUUUCUUCCCGCACUCAGCUUUCGCUCCUCCGUCGAAUAAUCAAACCUCGGCGAGACCGGUGAGACCGAUAACCUCCGCGGUUGAGUCACGGCGAGGUUACAGAUCACAGUCCAGCGGGAAUCGGAAAGACGAUACGAUUCCGCCGCCGUUUCCAUGGGCGACGAAUAUACGAGGGAGGAUACAAAGCAUGGAGAAUCUCGAAUCGAAACAGAUCACUACAAUCACUGGAGAGGUUCAAUGCAAGCACUGUGAGAAAGUGUAUCAGGUGAGUUACAAUCUGAGGGAGAAAUUCACGGAGGUCGAGAACAUUUUCGCGGCGUACAAAAGGAUAAUGAGAGAACGAGCUCCUCCGAAUUGGACGAACCCGGAGGCGGCGAGAUGCGAGCUCUGUGGCAGGGAUAAGGCGGUGAAACCGGUGAUUGCAGAACGUAAGCAUAAGAUUAAUUGGUUGUUUUUGCUUUUGGGACAAACUUUGGGUUAUUGUACAUUGGAGCAGCUCAAGAAUUUCUGUAAACAUUGCAAGAGUCACAGGACUGGAGCUAAAGAUCGUGUGCUUUACUUGACGUAUCUGGGUCUUUGCAAGAUGCUUAAGCCUAACGGUGAGCUCUUUAACCGUGAUAGCUCUAAGCGGUGA